AUGCUCAACUCAACCGGAGAAAUGGAGUCCACACACGGGCCAUCUCCCAAUGACCAAGAACAAACCCUAUACGAAUUUGAAUCAGGUUUCACAGAGCAUACAAGCUUCCACUCCAACGUGAGCGAGAUAUCAAACCCGUCUGACUACAAGCCCUUGGGCGUGACGCAUAUCAUCUCGCAGGGGCAAUCCCUCAUAGGAUUACUCAAUGACAAUCAAGUCCUCAAAUACCCCAGUGAUCCAAACAACAAGGAGUACCAAGAGGUAAUUCGAAAGGAAGCAGCAAUCUUGCAACGUAUCGGAGCACACCCUCGAAUCGUGGGUUUCCUGGGUCUGAAUGAAUUUGGCAUCAGGCUGCGCUACUACCCCCAAGGGUCGCUUCGCAGAUAUCUCAAAUACCACCCGUACGUCAGAGUCUCCAAGAAAUUGGAUUGGUGUGAGCAACUUGCUUCUGCCGUCGGGCUGGUCCACUCGAAGAAUGUGAUCCACUGCGAUAUCUGUCUUCACAAUGUGCUUCUGAACGACAAUCUUGAAGUCCUGCUUGCCGAUUUUCAAGGCAUUCUCCUAUCGCGCGACAACACGGUCGCGCUUGAUGGUCUCACGCGCGAGUGUCCAAAGUCAUACAUGCCUCGUGAAGAUAUUCACCACGCGAGUGUCAAGACGGAUUUGUUCGCCCUUGGUUCGGCGAUUUAUCACAUCAUCAAUGGGCACGAAGUGUUUCCCGAGCUUAGAAAUCUCCACGACGGCGAAGAGAUACUGCAUCGUUUCAUGGAUGGGACUUAUCCCGGUUCUGACUAUGUGGCCAGCUCUGUUGUUGAAAAAUGUUGGAAAGGAGAGUACACGGAUGCCAAGGAGGUGUCGAUUGAUCUGGCCGAGCUUCAGCAGGCUGCACGGCAAGCAGAUUCAGGGAACUUGAAAAGAGACCUCAUAUUGCAGUGGUGA